AUGGCUGCGAGCAAUCCUGAUGCGUCUGAAAAGGAAGCCACUUACGGUUUCGUGUAUGGAGUAUCAGGACCUGUAGUGACCGCCGAGAAAAUGGCCGGAUCCGCUAUGUACGAGCUGGUCCGUGUCGGUCACGGUGAACUGGUAGGAGAGAUCAUCCGUCUGGAAGGUGACUUCGCUACAAUCCAAGUAUACGAAGAAACUUCUGCCGUCACAAUCGGAGAUCCGGUGUUACGAACUGGAAAACCACUUUCGGUUGAACUUGGGCCAGGUAUUAUGGGUUCCAUUUUCGACGGAAUUCAACGUCCAUUGAAAGACAUUGCGGAUAUGACACAGUCCAUCUACAUUCCUAAAGGAGUGUCUACAAAGGCUUUAUCCCGUGAGUCUCGUUGGGAUUACACCGUAAGCAAGAGUGUCUUUGUUGGAGCUCAUGUUACUGGUGGUGACGAAAUUGGAACUGUAAAUGAGAACUUGCUCAUCAACCACAAAAUCAUGCUUCCUCCCAACUCUUGCGGUACUAUUACUUUCGCCGCCCCAUCUGGACAGUAUACAGUUGAGGACGUCCUCUUGGAGGUUGAAUUCGCUGGACAAAAGGAGAAAUUCACUAUGCUUCAAAUCUGGCCUGUACGUAAUCCUCGUCCGUGCGCGGAGAAGCUUGCUGCUAACAAUCCUCUCCUUUGUGGACAACGAGUACUUGACGCUCUUUUCCCGUGUGUUCAAGGAGGAACCACUGCCAUUCCUGGUGCCUUCGGUUGUGGCAAAACUGUCAUUUCUCAAUCUUUGUCCAAAUAUUCAAAUUCUGAUGCGAUUAUCUACGUAGGAUGCGGUGAACGUGGAAACGAAAUGUCUGAGGUACUUCGCGACUUCCCAGAGCUUACCAUGGAAGUCGAGGGUGUUACUACCUCCAUCAUGAAACGUACUGCACUUGUUGCCAACACAUCCAACAUGCCUGUGGCUGCUCGCGAAGCUUCUAUUUAUACUGGUAUUACUCUGGCCGAGUAUUUCCGUGAUAUGGGGUUGAACGUAGCUAUGAUGGCUGAUUCAACUUCUCGCUGGGCAGAGGCUCUUCGUGAGAUUUCUGGACGUUUGGGAGAAAUGCCUGCCGAUUCCGGUUAUCCCGCUUACUUGGCCGCCCGUUUGGCUUCCUUCUACGAACGUGCGGGUAAAGUUAGAUGUCUUGGGAAUCCAGAACGUGAAGGAUCCGUUACAAUUGUUGGAGCUGUAUCACCUCCCGGUGGAGAUUUCGCUGAUCCUGUCACAUCAGCCACUCUCGGUAUUGUGCAAGUGUUCUGGGGUUUGGAUAAAAAAUUGGCACAAAGGAAGCACUUCCCGUCGAUCAACUGGUUGAUUUCCUACAGUAAAUACAUGCGUGCCUUGGAAGAUUUCUACGAGAAAAGUUAUCCCGAGUUCAUCGCGCUGCGAACGAAAUGCAAGGAGAUUCUUCAGGAAGAGGAGGAUCUCUCCGAAAUUGUACAGUUGGUUGGUAAAGCCUCACUCGCGGAAUCCGACAAAAUCACUCUUGAAGUUGCCAAGCUUAUUAAGGACGAUUUUCUUCAGCAAAACGGUUAUACUCCAUAUGAUCGAUUCUGUCCAUUCUACAAGACCGUGGGGAUGCUGAAAAACAUGAUCGCUUUCUAUGAUCUUGCACGUCACUCUGUUGAAUCAACGGCCCAAUCCGAAAAUAAGGUGACAUGGGCUAUCAUCAGAGAUCACAUGGGAGAUCUCCUAUACCAACUAUCAUCGAUGAAGUUCAAGGAUCCCGUCAAGGAUGGUGAGGAAAAGAUCAGGAGAGAUUACGAUGAUCUGUUGGAAGCUAUGCAGAACGCAUUCAGGAAUCUUGAAGAUUAA